CACUUCUGCAAGAAGCUAACUUGCUUAUGGAUGGGGUCUGAGAAGUCAAGUGUUUGAAUAUGUUGAACAUGGAGAGCAUCCCGGAGCAGCUCAUCGUCGACAUCCUCUUGAGAUUGCCGGUCAAAUCUUUGUUGCGUUUCAAAUCUGUAAGUAAGUUAUGGCGUUCUCUGAUUUCCGAUCCUCGCUUUGCCCAAUCCCAUUUUCAAAUGUCUUCCUCCCGCGCCGAUAGGAUUGUUCACAUCGCCGAUUCUGGAGCUCGAUCCAUAGAUUUCCACUCAUCUUUCCAUGACGAUUCUGCGAUUGCAAACCUUAAUUUUCCGAUCACAUUAAAUGUGAUGAUUAGGGGUUCUUGUAGAGGCUUUGUGCUUCUCGAUGUUUAUGAUCACCUGUUUAUCUGGAAUCCAUCCACUGGUUUCUACAAACAUGUGCCGUACUUCCCUAUGCCGUCGCCAGUUUGCCCUUUCGUUCUUGGUCUCGGCUAUGACGCCACCGAUGAUGACUAUUUGUUACUUAUCGGGGCGUGUGAUCCGUAUGAUGAUGACUGCGGAUCCGAUUUCCAGUUUUUCUCAACGAAAGCCAAUUCAUGGAAGAAAAUUGAGGGCACUGGUAGUUUUCCCUAUAUGAACGCCACAGAUGACGCUAGGGCUGGGGUGUUUCUGAAUGAAGCCAUUCAUUGGUUGGCCUUCCGCCAUGAUACCUCUGUUGAAUUAAUCCUUGCCUUCAAUGUGAUACAGAGGAAAUUAGUUGAAAUUCCUCUGCCUGGUGACUUUUUCGAAACAUUGGAAUUCGUUUUUCUGGGAACACUGGGAGGAUAUCUCAGUCUAUACGUUGUUGAUGAUGACUUGAACGGAGGAGAAAUUUGGUUGAUGAAGGAAUAUGGAACGAAGUCGUCCUGGACUAAAUCCAUGGUUGUGUCUGUUGAGAUUCCUUGUGAUUUCUUGUUCCCAAUAUGCUUAACCGAGAGUUGUGAAAUAGUUGGAUCAGAUGGUCGCAAUGGGAUAGUGAAAUGCAAUGAGAAAGGACAAGUGCUAGAGCGUGGCGAUUACAAUUAUCAAAUGUUUGAGCAGAACACAGUUGUAUAUACAGAGAGUUUACUUUCACUUCCUUGUGAUGGUGGUGAAGGAGGAGAAGACAAGCAACAAUAAUGAACGAGAAGGCAUGGGGCAAGGACUAGGGAACAUUUUCUCUCUCUUUUAUUUACAAUUACAUUUUCCUUUCUUUUGUUGAAUUCUGAAGGGUGAAAUUAAUUCUGCAGAAUCCUGUGUUUUCCCUCC